AUCUUUUUGGAUCCUUCGAUUUGUCAAUCCAACAACAAAGCAAGCAACUAGAUCUACAAAGCAAGUUUGUGGUUGUCAAUAGACUGGCUCUAGCUAGUAGACAGGACUUGUCACGAGAUUACCAUGAGAUUAUCCUAUCAUUCUUUGACUCUUUGGAUCUCUACAACUGCGGCCUCUGCAGCUUCUGCAUCUGCCUUUCAUUCUCGACCAGCUUUCUUCACUCGCAUCGGCAGCCAGCAGUUCCGACAGUCAUCCUCUACGGUUCGCAGCAUGUCAUCCACAAGCGCUGACACCCUCCGCGUAGCCCUGUGUCAAUUCCAUGUGACACCCGAUAAAGAAAAGAACCACGCCACAGCCGCGGAUUACCUCGAUCGGGCCGCCGCGCAGGGAGCUCAGUUGGUCGUCCUUCCCGAAAUCUGGAACUCGCCCUAUGCGACCAGUGCCUUUGCCGAAUAUGCCGAGGUCUUGCCCCAAGUGGGAGACACACAAGCCACAACGUCUCCAUCGAGUGCGCUCUUGAUGGAACGUGCCAAACAACAUAAAAUGUGGAUUGUGGGUGGGAGUAUCCCAGAAACAGACGACGGUCAAGUGUACAACACCUGCUUGGUCUAUGAUCCCACGGGCACGGUAGUGGCCAAACACCGCAAGGUCCAUCUCUUUGAUAUUGACGUUCCCGGUGGAAUUACCUUUCGAGAGUCCGACACACUCAGUCCGGGAAAUUCCUUGACCAGUUUUGCGCUUCGAGACGAUUUGGACGUGGGUGUGGGCAUUUGCUACGACAUUCGAUUUCCUCUGGCAUCCAUGCUCAUGUGUCAAUCCAAACCAAACUGCAAAAUCAUCAUCUUUCCCGGAGCCUUCAACUUGACAACCGGACCCGCGCACUGGGAACUCUUGCAACGGGGACGAGCCUUGGACAAUCAAUGUUUUGUCAUUACGGCGUCUCCCGCCAGAACACAGCCACCCGAGGAGGAGGGCAAGUAUCCUCACUACACGGCAUGGGGUCAUUCGACCGUGGUCUCGCCCUGGGGAGAUGUGGUGACCAAAGCCGAGGAGAAAGAGGCAUUGGUGAUUUGUGACUUGGACCUAGCACGAGUUGAUGAAGUGAGAACGUCUAUUCCAAUUGGCAAGCAAAAACGAACCGAUCUAUACAAGCUAGAGGAUGUGAAAUCAUCAUCCUAGUAUGGAAAUUAGAUAAGACGUGCUCUUCAUAAUUAAUUUUGCAUUAUUAUUACGCACAAGUCGGACU